AUGCCUUCUAACACCGCCUCUCUCCUCCCUCCUCCAUCGAUCGCUUCCAUCCUCCCUUCAUCGGGCACCUCUUCCAUUGUCAACUGCCAAUCCAUACUGUUUAGGGUUUCAGAUCUGUUCAUAAGUUUAUCAUUCGUGUUUCAGAGGUUCUACCUGAUUUUAGG